UAAACAGGGAACGCUCGCUGCACCACUACCUUGCUUUUCCCCCCCUUUCAGCAUCUUUGCUCUCGCUCCUCAAUACUCCACCGACAUGGCCUUUGCUGGACGAUGGGAAGUCGAAUCCCAGGAGGGUUAUGACGAGUUCUGCAAGGGGAUUGGAAUUCCCGCUGAUGUCAUCGAGAAGGGCCGUGACUUCAAGAUGAUCACGGAGGUCACCCAGAAUGGGGACGACUUCACCUGGACCCAAGUCUACCCCACUCUCAAGGUCAGCAACAAGUUCACCAUUGGAAAGGAGAGCGACAUGGAGACCAUCGGAGGAAAGAAAUUUAAGGCAACCGUGAACAUGGAAGGGGGGAAGAUGACCGUGAGCUUCCCCAACUACUUUCAGACCAACGAGAUCAGUGGAGGGAAGCUCAUCGAGACCUGCAAAGCCGGCUCUGUGGUGAUGAAGAAGGUCAGCAAGAAGAUCUAACCUACCUUUUGACGUCAACUCCAGCAACAAGAAUGCUAACUCGGCUAUCAAUAAAGCCUAAAAAAGAA